UGCUGUGAUUUUCGUAAAUUGGCAUUUGCAGCUAGUAACAUGAUCUUUUUCUGGACCAUUUAGGUGAUUUGUCUACUUGCUCGUUCAUUUAUCUCAAAGACUCCCUUGUCUGAUGUGUUUCUGCCCAAGCAAAAACAAAAAAGGGCACAAGUAGACACUAUAACAAUGUCCGAGUCUGGAAAGUUGUCAUCCAUAUCUGAAAAUGGAACUAGUAAUAACACCAAGAAGUUGGAUCUGAAGCUAACAGUAAGAAAGUCUACAAAGAAGGUCUUGUGUGCAGAAGCAGGCAAUGAUUUUAUUGAUUUUCUCUUCAACUUCUUGAUGAUUCCUAUAGGAUCAAUUGAAGAUGUUCUAAAAGGGAGUUCUGGCUUGAGAUGUAUCGAUAACUUCUAUAAAAGCGUGGAGGCUUUAGAUUUGAAAUGGUUCAAUAUGCGUCCAAAGCAGAAUAGUUACCAGAUUGAGGAUCAAUUUAAGGACAACCUUAAGACAAUAUUACUCAAGCCCAAUGUUGCCACACAUUAUAAUUCUGAGUAUCAGCUGCUACAGAUUUCUGAAGGAGAAUCAGAAUUUUACGAUUUGUAUGAUCCAAGGCAACAUAUAAGGGGUAGUCAUGUUCCCAAAUUUCAUAAGUUUGCAAAGGAACCCUCCGCUUUCUACGUUAUGGACAAUUUGGAAGUAAGACCUUUGUCUUCUUACAUCAACUAUUUGCUUACUUCAAGAGCUAAAUGUGCCCAUGAAUGAUAUUGAAGAGCAAAUGAUCAGUGUUGGCGAGUCAGAAGCAUUGAACUUGCUGAAGGCCUCUUUGACAUCAUCAUCAUCAGCUUUGACAGAGGGCUUAAAUCACA